AUCAAUACAGGCGGUGGCACCCAGUGCGUUAAGAAAGAGAAAAUAAGAGGAGAGAAAGAGAGAAAAAGAUAGAAGAAAAAAGACAGAAGGGGAAAAAGAGAGGGCUGUGAAAUUCAAAUGAGUAAAGAUAAUUGAAGCGUGCCGUGGAUUGAAUAACCUAUAAUCUUUGGCCUGGUCAGUUGAUCAUUGUGACGUAUAAAUUCCAAUGGCGGACGUGCCAGACUUUCCGGUUAAAAGGACCGAUUGAUUCACAAUAUGUCUUCCUAAAAUCAAGCUGCACCCGAAGGCUUGGAAUUUGAUUAGAACCCGAGGGACACCGAAGAAUCCUUAGUAGUUAACAGAUGUGACCCUAUGCACUGAAUAUCGAGCUGAGAGUCAGUUGAUAUAUAAACGCCAGCGCCUAUUUUGAAAGGCGAACAGUAAAAACUACGCAAUGACCAUAUAGUGUAUGGAUUUUUCCCAAAGCCAGCAUGAAGACAGUUGUUUCACUGACGAGAUCAAGUUUUCUCUGCCUAUUCCUACCCUCCAUUUUCUCGGCCCUCCAAAACUCUACAUCCACCGAGCUCACGCCAAUUUGUGAUCGGACACGAGAAAAAAUCAAAGAGGAGAUGCUUCCCAUAAUACUUUGCGGUUGUUCCGAUGUGGUACUACGGAGCACGGCCAAUGGAUUCUCGGCACUGGUUCUCCUACAGAGGGGCUUCUGGAUAGGUUUGAAAUCUCUCCACGCCAGAAACGCCCGAUUUACGUUGUUCUCACAGCCCGCCUCUAUUUUGAAUGUUCUAGGAGAUAUAGAAUUGAAGGAAAAUGAGACGGAAGUCGUUCGCGACUUUGAAGUUGGUUACAAAAAUGACAGUAGUGUUCAAAUUAUCUACGCUUACUUGUUCUGUGAUUCGGCCUUGUCUUUUUCCAAAGAAAGUCCGUGCGACCAAUGCAAACAUAUCCAGUUGUAUUAUGUACCAGAUCGACAAGUAUUAAAUUCCCCCAAGAGGCCUACAAGACUAAAAGUCACAUCCAAUGGAAAUACUGAUCACGUGACCUACAUCGUCAUCAUCCUAGUAGUGGUUGUCGUCUGCGCAACUAUUUCAUAUUUUGUAUACAAACACCGAAAAUCAAGAAGUAGGGGUUUACCUAGACAACUGGAUUCCAUAAACACGGUCCCCUUAGUGUCGACAGCGCUAGCAGAAUCACCAACGCCAAAGCUAACCAAAGAAAUACUCAUUGUCGAUAUCGUACCAAACGAAGUGUGUUCGAAGCGAUUUCGCGCCUUUCUUCGGAACCUACCCAACUUUAGCGUCGUUUGCUACAUAGACCACCUAGAAAGUGUUAACCAGAAUAUGUACGACUGGGCUCACAAGAAACUGAAAACGUGUGAUUUCAUCAUCAUUGUGCUGACUAGUGAAUUGACGGAUUUGUUUGAUUCAGACACAAAUAACAUACUCCAGUCGUCGCCAUUUUCCGAUAUCGUCAAAUAUUUUCUGUCUCAAAUGAACAGCAGUGCGUACACGAACGAUUCUGCUAAAUACUGCAGUGUUCAGUUUGACCUUGUUGAACUUCCUUCCAGUUUCGCUGAACAAUUGCCUAAUCUCUCAUUUAAGAAUGUGUUCACUUUACGUGAUUUUGCAAACUACCCGGAUGUCAACGCUUCUCAUUCCCAGUUGAAGAAAUUUCUAAUGACGAUAAGGGCAGACAACUGUGAAAUCGCAAAUGUUCUACGCAACACUGCAAACUUUUCAGAGAAUUUAAGCUGUACUUGGAAAAACACGGAGGUCACCCGAGUGAUACAUGGGUGUUAAGUGUCUAAACUAUAUAUAGCUUACGAUAUGGUUACGUUCGACAAAGAGAAUAAUCAAAACUAUCUGAUUGGAAGUUCCAGAUGGACCAAGUGGUCGUUUUUAUUUUAUAAAAAAAAAAUUAAAAUAAACCUUAGAAAAAGUAUUAAAUGAUCUACUUACGUACUUACUUACUUUUCAUCUCCGUGUUCCGGAGAAGACAUAAAGCGCGCAACAAAAGACGUCACUUACGACAGUCACCGGCAAAAACCUGCGUCUUUCUCCAACCGUACCAGUGCAUCUCUCUCUCUCUCUCUCUCUCUCUCUCUCU